AGAGAGAUGGUGAGGUUGCACAUCCAUCAGACGCAAGAGCGUGGAAACAUUUCAACAAGGUACACGGAGAUUUUGCUACAAAUAUUCGGAAUGUCUAUCUUGGGUUAUGCACCGAUGGAUUUAGUCCAUUUGGAAUGUCUGGUAGACAAUAUUCUUUGUGGCCAGUCAUUCUUACGCCGUAUAAUUUACCGCCGGAUAUGUGCAUGGAACAAGAAUUUCUAUUUUUGACCAUAUUAAUCCCAGGGCCGAAGCAUCCAAAACGGUCUCUUGAUGUUUUUCUUCAACCGUUUGAUAGAAGAGCUAAAGCAAUUGUGGUCAGAAGGGGUGAGGACGUACGAUUGUUCCUUGAAAAACAAUUUUACGAUGCGAGCAGUUCUGAUGUGGACGAUAAGUGAUUUCCCUGCUUAUGGGAUGUUGUCUGGCUGGACAACACAUGGAAGAUUAUCUUGUCCGUAUUGUCUUGGAUCCACGGAUGCUUUUCAACUGAAGAAUGGUAGGAAGAGUUGUUGGUUUGAUUGUCAUCGUCGGUUUCUUCCACUUGCCCAUCCGUACAGAAGAAAUAAGACAUUGUUUCGACACAAAAAAAUUGUCAGAGACAGUCCUCCUCCAUAUCUCACCGGCCAGCAGAUCGAAGCGGACAUUGAUUAUUACGGAGCUCAGGAAACAGUUAAGGUUGGAGGAAAUUGGCAUGUUCCUGGAAAUAUGCCUGAUGGGUAUGGUGUAUCUCACAAUUGGCAUAAGAAGAGUAUAUUUUGGGAGCUACCCUAUUGGAAGGAUCUUCUCUUACGCCACAAUCUGGAUGUCAUGCAUAUCGAGAAGAACUUUUUUGAGAACAUCAUGAAUACAUUACUUAACGUCCCUGGGAAGACAAAAGAUAACAAAAAGUCAAGGAUGGACUUACCUGAUAUUUGCUCAAGAAGUGAGUUACAUAUCAAGAGCAAUGGAAAUGUUCAUGUUCCCAUCUUCCGGUUGUCAUCAGCCAAAACAACCUUGUUUGACUGGGUUGCAUCGGAAGUUAAGUUUCCUGAUGGUUAUGUUUCAAAUAUGUCAAGAUGUAUUGAACGAGGUCAAAAGUUCUCCGGAAUGAAAAGUCAUGAUUGUCAUGUGUUUAUGCAACGACUGCUUCCAUUUGCUUUUGCCGAGCUUCUUCCAGCAAAUGUCCACGAAGCACUUGCAGCCAUCGGAGCAUUUUUCAGAGAUCUUAGCACACGUACGUUCAAAGAAGAAGUCAUCGAACAACUUCAUCAGAACAUUCCGAUCAUAUUGUGCAACCUGGAGAAGAUAUUUCCUCCUUCAUUUUUUGACGUCAUGGAGCAUCUAGUUGUCCACCUACCGUAUGAAGCAUUGCUUCGUGGACCUGUUCACAACGGAUGGAUGUAUCCGUAUGAGCGACAGAUGAAACAUUUGAAGGGGAAAGCAAGAAAUCUUGCAAAGGUAGAAGGUUCAAUAGUUGCGGGGAGUUUGACAGCCGAAACAUCUAACUUCACAUCAUACUACUUUGCUCCAACUGUGCGUACGAGAAAAAGAGUUUCUAGGAGAUAUGAUGAUGGUGGAGUACCGACAUCAUAUCCAAUUGAUGGUGUUCCUGACAUUUUCUGCGAAAUUGGACGGUUUGGUGGUAAAACGAAAGAAGUAUGGUGGUCAUCUGAAGAAGAUAAACAUAGUGCCCACACUUAUAUUCUGCUCAACUGCGAGGAUGCAAUGACCCGUUACUUUGAAAGGAUGUUUGUAUCUCAAGUUGAAGAAGCAAUACCAGGAAUAUCUGCAACUGAUGUGGAUACACGUAAAGAUAAGCACUUUGUCAAGUGGUUAAAAUCACAGGUUGAUUAUGACGAUCCUUAUUAUCCCGUAUGGUUUCACGAAUUGGUUCAAGGUCCAGUUGCAAAGGUCACCACAUCACCUAUGUAUUUCACACGAGGAUUUACCUUUCACACAUACGAGUAUGGGAGACAUCGGGCAACGAGUAACUACGGAAUAUGUGUGAAAGGUGAAACAGACUUUUACGGGAUAUUGCAGGAGAUUAUUGAAGUGGAAUUUCCGGGGUUAUUGAAGCUAAAAUGCGUCCUCUUCAAAUGUGAAUGGUUCGAUCCUGUUGUGAACCGAGGGAUUCGGUAUAACAAAUUUGGUGUUGUGGAUGUCAAUUUUGGGAGAAGAUACAACAAAUUUGAGCCUUUCAUUUUAGCUUCACAAGCCGAGCAAGUUAGCUUCCUUCCUUAUCCUCGGCUUCGAACUUCCGGGAUAAACUGGGUAACUGCUAUCAAAGUUACACCUCGUGGACGCAUUGUCGUUGGAGAAGAACCGCCCUUGCAAGAAGAAGACGCUAUCACUGAAGUUGAGGUACCAGAACAACCAACUGAUGAAAUCCUUUUGAUCGACCCGCAAAACUUUCAAUAUGAAGAUAUUCCCGAAAUGCGACAGAUGAAGCACGUGAAGACGAGUUCGAGAGAAGCGACGAUGAUGAUUGUAAUGAUAGUGAUGAGAACGAAAACGAUUUAGAGUGAUGUAAUAGUGAUGAGAACGAAAACGAUUUAGAGUGAUGUAAUAUAUGUAUCAAAUGUUGGAUUUCUCUAUUGUAACAUUUUCUAAAAGAAAGAGUAAGAAGUAGUAUGAAAUAAGAUAUGAUGUUAGAUGAUAUGUGACUUUGGGGUUUAGGGAUUCAACUCUCGGUGUUUAGGGUUAAGGGUCGUAAUUUCGUCGUAAAUGGAAAAACGCGGGCCUGGUAAUUUCGUCGUAAAACGAAAAACACGGGCCUGGUAAUUUCGUCGUAAAAGGAAAAACGCGGGCCUGGUAAUUUCGUCGUAAAAGAAAAAACGCGGGCCUGGUAAAUUCGUCGUAAAUGGAAAAACGCGGGCCUGGUAAAUUCGUCGUAAAUUUACGUCGCUUUUACGACGAAACUUAAUCUAUAUAAGGAGACGCCGAGAGCGAGGCUGCCUCGCUCAUUCCUCCCAAAUUCCUUUGCUCUCUCUAAGGUAAACUCUCUCUUCUCUCUUUUUUUUUUUUUUUAAAUUAGUGUAGGUGAUUAGUUAGGUAACGGAAUUAGUUUAGGUGAUUAGUUAGGUAAUUAGUUUAGGUGAUUAGUUAGGUAACGGAAUAAUAUUUUUAUUAUGUCGUAAUUGAUUAAAUUUAUUUUAAUUUUUUUUAGAUGGCUCCUAGAAGAAAAUCCAGAGCACCUAGUUAUAGAGAUUUGUUUGGUGACGAUGGUUCCGGUACAUCUUCUUCCGGUCCAUCGUCUUCCGGUCCAUCAUCCUCCACCGCAGUUCCAGACUCUCAGCCUUCUCAGAGAGUUGCUUGGAGUCCUCCUCCACCGCAGAUGCCUCCACCGCAAAUGCCUCCACCGCAUAUGCCUCCACCUCCUCCUCCAGCGGCUGCACCUGAGCCAGUCCCAGAAGGUGCAGUUCAUCCGGAUUUGCGUGUGCCUUGAUAUGCCCCAUUCGCGAGAUAUACGGUUGAGGAUUUGCUUGCCCAGCCUGGACGGGAGGGUUUGGAUGUUCUCGACCCCGAUAGACCCCGAGGAACUUAUUGGUAAGUUAUUAAUUUUUUUACAUUAAAAUUUAAAUUAUUUUUAUUUUCUAACGGUUAAAUUGUUUUCCUUUCAGGUUUGGGGCUAACAACCGUGUUGGCAGUAGCGUUUCAAAAACGAUAAAGGGUUACUAUGACGGGGCAUAUCCGAACUGGAGCAAGACUCCAAAUCACGUUAAGAUCACUUGGUUUAAAAUGUUCGCGGUAAGAUUUUUAAAUUUAAUUAAAUUUUCACUUUUAAAUAUGUAUAUAUUUUUUAAAUAUUAUUAUUAAUUGUAAUUUUUUCAAAUUUUUUGUGUUUCAGCAAAAGUGGCAUUGGUCUUUGGGAAUCACCGAGAUGGUGAGGGCGGAAUUCGUUGCAAAAGCAAAGAUCCGCCUCUGCAACACAGUCUCCGAUU